AUGUGGAGGAAGAGGCCACCUGGCUUCGGGACAUCGUCACGGAUGCGUGUGACGCCUCAAUGCCCCAAGUCAGGGGGCCUCAGGGCCGACGGGCAGCAUAGUGGUGGGACACAGAGAUCGCCGAAUUACGGCGAUCCUGCGUUCGCGCCAGAAGGCGCUUUUUGCGUGCCCGUCGAUCCGGGAUUGCCGCGAGGACUGACGUCGCCUAUGGGGAGUACCGGGGUCCUCAGGGUUGCCCUGCCCCCAGGCUGCCACCUGGUGUGUUAUGCCGAUGACACACUGGUGAUGGCCGGGGGUCCAGGAUGGAAGGAGGCGGCGCGCAUGGCCGAAACGGCAGUGGCAUGCGUGGUCCGCGCAAUUCGCGCCCUAGGGCUGGAGGUAUCGCCUCACAAGUCGGAGGUCAUCGUUUUUCAUGAUGGCCUCCGCGGGGCACCACCUCCGGCCCACGUUAUGGUGGGGAACGUCCCUGUCCCGGUGGGACCCACGGUAAAAUACCUGGGCCUCACAUUGGACGGCCGCUGGUCGUUCGAGGACCACUUUGUAGGAUUGGCCCCCCGGUUGGAGCGACUGGCCAUGUCGGUCAGCCGCAUUACGCCCAACCUGAGGGGCCCUCAUGUGAAGGCUCGCCGCCUGUAUGCGGGAGCGGUCCGAUCGGUGGCCCUGUAUGGGGCCCCCGUGUGGGCAAACGAUGUGACGUCCACCAGCAGGGCGGACAAAGGCGUCCGGCACUUCGAGAGAAGGGUGGCCGCCCGCGUGGCCCGCCUAUAUUGGACCGUUUCCCACAGGGCUGCGACGGCCUUGGCCGGCGGUGUGACGUUCCGAAUGGCUCAGGUGCUCUCCGGACAUGGGUGCUUCGGGGAGUACCUGAGCCGUAUAGGGCGCGAGCGCGGACCGCGCUGCCAUCAUUGCGGCGCGGACCAGGACACGGCGCAACACACCUUGGAGCAGUGCCCCUCGUGGGCGGGUGAGCGCCGUGUCCUGGUAAACAGAAUUGGUGGGGACCUGUCCCUCCCGUCGGUCGUACGCGCGAUCGUCGGGAGCGAGAGGUCCUGGUGUGCGUUUGCCUCCUUCUGCGAGGAAGUUAUGUCGCAGAAGGAGGCGGCCGAGCGGGUCCGCGAGGCCGAGGACCCCGACCGGCAGCCAUGA